CUCACAUUUCGGCAGAAUUUGAUAACUAGAAAAGGAAGCUACAACAACACGACGCGUUCAUGAGUCUUUGUUUCGUUACUUCGAUAAGGAAAAGUUAUGGUCCGCUGAAAAUGGUCUUGCCUUGCCGGUCUUAAGGGAAAUGCAGAUUUUAACAUAUAGUUCUGGACAGAAUGCACACCUUCUGCUGUCCGUACUAGUUAAGCAUCUUGAUCACAAAAGUGUCCUCAAACAACCUGACGUGCAACCUCAACGUAUAAGUUAUAACAUCCCUUGCUAGAGAUUCAAAAGUUGAGGCUUCUGUAGCAAUAAUCAGUGCAGUUAGUGAUGUUAUGAGGCAUUUACGAAGGAGCAUACAUUGCUCGCUUGACGAUGCAACUAUGGGAACUGAAAUAAUAAAUUGGAACAAGAGCUUCAAAGAAGCAGUGGAUGAUUGUCUAGUACAGUUAUCACAUACGGUUGGUGAUGCAGGUCCAAUUCUUGAUGCUAUGGCUGUGAUGUUGGAGAAUAUCCCAAAUAUUACAGUUAUAGGAAGAACUACAAUCCGUGUUAUUUAUUGCACAGCUCAGAUCAUAGCCUCAAUUCCAAAUCCAUCCUAUCUAAACAAGGCACUUCCCGAGGCUUUGUUCCAUCAAUUACUCCCGGCUAUGGUCCACCCUGACCAUGAGAUACGGAUCGGAGCCCACCGUAUCUUUUCUGUUGUUCUUGUUCCAGCUUCAGUUUGCCCUCAACCAUCCUCUGUUACUGGAGGAACAAAGAAAGGCUCAGGUAUUCCAAGAACGCUUUCGAGAACCGUCUCCAUCUUUUCUUCUUCAGCUGCCCUUUUCAAGAAGCUAAAGAAAGAGAAAUCCUUCUCAAGGGAGAAUGCUUGUCUAGAGAAUAAAGAAACUGUUGCUAGUGAGGAGCAACUAGAAAACAUUCAAAAUGGGAUUCUGAAUAGAUUAACGUCAUCUUACACAAGAGCAUACACUAUAAUAAGUCCGCAGGUAUCUUUGGCAACAGAUGAAAAUCCUCCGCGCAAUUCAAAACAGAAUCUGAGGCCAAUUCCUACGGCUUAGUAGCACCCAGAUUAGUCUCUUGCUUUCAUCAAUUUGGGCAUAGUCUAUCUCUCCUCAAAAUACAUCAUAGAACUAUGAAGCAAUCGCUCACACAUACAGCCUUGUGUUGCUCUUCUUUCGAGCCAAGAAUUCUAGUCACGAGGCUCUUAUUCGUAGUUUUCAGCUAGCUUUGUCACUGAGAAGCAUCUC